AUGCUGUCUGACAGUUUUAAUACGACCAUCAUGCAUGGAUCCGAAGGCCAAGACAACAAGGCAUUUUUUGAUUCGACUGGUAAGCCGGAUCCGCUAUUUCUUGCCUCGCCGUUGCAGACGGCGGCAGGUGAUUUGAACAGUGUGGGGACUCCCACAGUAGUCAUCAAAAAGAAGGUGAAGAAAGCACAACGGAUACGACGACGACGUCGAAAGAACGCUGGAGCGGCCGGUGAGCCACUGGGUCUGAUAGUCGACGGUCAGAGCCUACGAUAUGCAUUGCACGUCAGUCUCCUACUCAUUCAUUUGUCCGUUUUAUAUCUUUAUCUUAUUGUCAUGGCCACCAGUUUAUCAUAA